CGAUAACUCGCACGAGCGAGAUUGGGUCGGAGCGGUACCACCCCUGCACGCCUGCAUCCAUCUAUCCUUACGCACUCCUACGUGAUGCCCAAGAGUCUGAAUUCCAAGGCCCUCUUGCGCACUUGCCUCAUCCCCACCUCUGCCUCUUUGGCGAACCAGCCUGGAAGGCCACUUUCUCCAGCGAGACAAGCAGCGGCGGCAACAGUAGUCGGCUGACGGGAUACCGUUCGGGGCCCGCGCGACCGCUUCGCGAGUUAACAAAACGCACGCCUCUCUUCGUUGACAAACGCCGAGGAUAAACUGAAGGGCUGGCAGGGAUGAUAGGUCGAGCGAGGGGAGAAUCGUCGCGGCUAUGAAAAGGCCAAUCUACUGCCACUGCUGCUACCAGCUGCUGCUGCUGCUGCUGCUGCUGCUCGGCCUUGCUUUGCUGGCUUCUUCUGCGGAAGAUGAUGGUUCGUAUAUGGGCAAACACAUCGCUAAGCUGAACACCAGGCACCAUCAGGUCAGCGGCAGCGUGUACGCGGUCGACGAGUACACGUUGCUGCUCACCCAGUUCAGCUACGACGGUACCGGCGCCGACGCAUUCUUCUACGCUGGCUCAACGAACGCUGGUCCGGGACCGACGGGAUUUAUUGUGCCCGACGAGUAUGGAAAAACCAACGUCCUCGGUCGCUAUCACAACAAGGACUUCACUCUGACGCUGCCCGAAGGCAAGAAGAUCACCGAGAUCAAAUGGUUCGCCGUUUACGAUCUCAGCUCUCAGAAUCCCUUCGGCGACAUCACCAUACCAGACAAUUUCGAUCCACCAGCGCCACAAAAAAUAUCCCAGCUGACAAAGGCGUCGCGCAACGUGUCAUCCGACUCAAUAAUCAUCAUCGAUGCCAAGACCAUCAGUAUACCGAGGCUAACGUACGAUGGUUCGGGCGAAGAAACUCAUUUCUAUGUGGGACAAGGCUCAAGACCAUCGCCUAAGGGUACCAAACUUUCCGAUGAAUAUGGAUAUUUGGAUCCGCUACGUGCUUAUAACGAAGAAAAUGUGAUUAUUCAAUUGCCCGGGGACAUGACCGUUUCGAAUAUUGAUUGGUUGAGCAUCUACGAUGUGAAGACCAAGUCGAAUUUCGGUUCGGUUAUUAUUCCAAAAGGAUUAAAUGUGCCGCCGUCGCUGGUUAAAGUAAUCAAGCUGUUAAAGAAUAUGCCAAAUUGUGUACAGCUUCACAAGCGAUUUCAAGUCGGUUGGGAGAUCUUCGGACCUCAGAUAACCAUACAACUCUCCGGCGAAAUCGCGAACAACGAGUACAUGGCAUUUGGAUUUUCCGGCUCGGAAGAGAAGAGUCAAAUGGAAGGGGCUGAUGUGACGAUUGCAUACAUGGACGACGCGAGAGGCUAUGCCGCUGAUUACAACAUCACUGCUAAAGCGCCGUGCUCCAAAGUGCUUGGCCAAUACAAAGGGGUGUGCAAAGACGAGCUUGUCGGUGGGCAAGAUAGCAACCAACUGUUCACCGCGACAAAACAAGACGGAAUAACGAUCAUCACUUACAGGAGAAAUCUGAUAUCUUCCGAUCUCGGCGACAAAGAGCUACCAACCAACGGCUCGGUUUACGUGAUCUGGGCGCUUGGUCAUCUCGACGAGAACAGGGAGCCGAGUUUCCAUGACUUUUACCCAAAGAGUAAUUUAAAACUCGAAUUAGGUAGAUCCGAGCCUGAAAAUACUUGCGUUGACUUCACCACUUCGAAUACGAAACUAAUCGAACCGUGGGAAAAGAAUGAAAUUUUUGACAGGAGUAUUCGAACAUUCAGAGCUACCAUCGGACCAUCCGGUGGUCAGAGAGGAUAUCAAUCGAUUACCGGGCAAACGUCCACGGGACUGGCUUGGUUUAUCAAUGGACAGCUGAUACCAGAGCUGUACCUACGUCGAGGUUUGACCUACCAUUUCCGCGUUUACGGUGGUAACAAUCCACACAGUUCGAAUCUCUAUCAUCCACUGAUCAUAACUGACGAGCCACACGGAGGUUACGACCGAUUGAGUGACAAUGCGCAGAGCAGAGUUCGCGUACUCGCUGGAGUGGAAUUUACGAGAAGGGGACGACCGAGACCCACUGCUGUGGGGCCCUUGUGUUUGAGUAAGCAUAGCGAUCGAGAUCGUCGACUCGACGACGAUUUCCCGACCUUCCGGCAUUUCAAUAGGACGUUGGUUCAUACUUGCGAGCCAGGUGACGCUGGAAUCCUCAAAGUAAUGCCAAACUCCUCAUGGCCGGAUAUUGUCUACUACAAUUCCUUUACUCACGCAAACAUGGGUUGGAAAAUUCACGUUGUAGACACUUACUUGAAGAAUUUCGCCUCGGGUCCUUCCCACUGCUCACUUGUCUCGAUGACACUAUCAAUUCUAUUUGUUGUUGCUACGGCUAUGUGAGCCAAGAAU